CUCCCACUUCGAAUUGUUUGGUUUUCCUUUUCUUAGCACUCUAAUGUCCCAUUUCUUUCUUCUUGCAGAACCUAGAAAAUGCGUUGAAAAUUGGAUACAAUUGGCCGCUGACGAUGCUACUUGGAUCGUUCUUCGGUUCUCUUUGUACCAAUUUCCCCCUGUACACUCCCCGGUAGAUUAAGAAGCAAUAGGGAAAAGUAGACGGAGGCUUUGGGUCACCUUCCACCACUGCGAGAAGGGUUGCGUCUAGACGCAAAGAUAUCUUACCUCGUAGGUGUGCAUAGUUGCACUAGCUUCGGAGACCCACACGUCACCUACUCCAUCACCAAUAUGGAAAGGUGUUGCGUGUCCGCCUCGCAGUCGCCUCCUAGGAUCGAAGGUUGCCGGUAUCCCAACAACCUUCUAGGAGGGGGAUAACCUGUAGUGCACCUUCCUGGCACCAAAAUAUAACUAGGGCUAAAAUAAAUAGUUUAAAUUAAAUUAACUAAAUAAAUCUCUAGCUUGCCUCCGGAUGCUUAGGGUGUUUUAAGUUUUGUUUUAACGAGCAUGCAUCCGAGCAGGCUUGGACGCCAUUUUUGCGCUCCAUUGUGCUGAUUACCACGCACGUACUCCGAGUCCCUAGUUCAGCCUUACAAGCCAGAUAAGUUGAUUAAACUUUUCCCUCAUUCAUUAUUAUUACAUUUACCUUAAAUACAUAGCUCCUUUAAAUACAUUGCGUAUCAGUUCUUUUGAUUUGUGUUUUGUUACCAGUACUUACACGUUAGGUAAAGUACUGGUUAAGCAGGUACUAGAGCACAUCAAAUUAAGUAGGGUUGAUCAAACGUUACGGAAUUCUAACACGCAUUCCUACACAUCCAUCACCAUCAUCUUCAACCCUCCACACGUGUGACAACACGAGUAUACUUACCGGUGGACGACAAUUCCCAUAUUUCAUAACAUCACAUCAUCUGAAAUAAACUCAACUGAAGGCAGCAUUCAACUCUGUCCGCCAACAGUGUGUCUCACAGUGUAUCAUCAUCACUGUAACACCAAUACCGACCAACUAUAUUAUCCGAAUCAAGGCUGGCUCUCUACUCGGAAUCACACAAACAGACGUGUAAUAAGCAAACUGCUUCAAGAGAGUUCUUCUCUCAAUGGACCACCAUCCGUCAUGUCCAUCACGGAGGCCUACUCGUCGUCCCCCUUUCUCCUUAACCACCUCACACACAUACUCAUACUAAUCCACAUCAACCUACAUCCGUACCUCAGACCUUACAGGGGUUGACAUACUCGAUGCACAGUGCCUCAUCCCCCUGCAGUAUGCACACAACAAUGUCCUGUUAAGCGAAGACGAUGACAAAAUCCACCGGCUUCUACACUUCUGUAUCUUCGACAUACAUCUCGCUUCUGUCGAUGCUGUCGAUGCUGCUCCACAACUACGCAUGCUUUACCCACUCCCACAUAACGAUGAUAAUAAUCAGUCAAGUCGUCGAAUGCCUCCGAACACACCACUUAAUUCACCAGUUGCAUCAGCCAGCACGGGCUAGUCUUGCCUGACAAACACAUCUCACCUCGGAUACACAAGGCCCCUUUCAUAUCUCCCAAACGGCGUCAUCUCUCACGCCGACUACCCAGAUACCUGACAUCGUAAAGCAUCACGAUACUGUGCUGCAUUUCACUCUGUCCUGUUAUACGGCUCUCCGACAUGGCCGUUCAAAGUAGACAAUGUGAAAACAUGACAGGUCUCGCAACACAAGUCUUCUCCUAGCACACCUCACACAUGUCGCAUACACCAUGUCAGCAAUAGCGAGAUUAACCAAAGCUCACUAUCUUCAUGCUGUUGUCCUCUCUCACCUGGAUGGCUUAAUCAUCAAGCUUUCUUCGUCAUUCUAGACUACAUCAUCACCACAGAAUUCAGAAAGAGGCCCAUCAUACUAGGCAAGUCACCCACUCAGUAGAUGAGGUUGUGAAACAUCACCGACUGAGGUGGCUAGCACAUGUCUUCCGCAUGCCGAAACACCGACUACCUCGACGUAGAGUGUGUCAUUACACGGCUAUCCGACAUGACCGUUCAAAGUAGACGAUGCGAAAAGGCGCAGAUUUGCGAACACAGGAGUUUUCUAAGCAUAGGAGCUGUACACUGUAAUGAAGGUGUAUGAAUAUUAAGGUUUUGCGAAGGGGACUAUACUGGUCUUGGAUGCAUGUUGUUCGCCUACAUCUUUUCUAACGUGGUAUUGAGUUAGAAGCAGGGAGGCUCAAGGUAGGCUAGACUAAAGUACGAGUUUGUCUUAGAAGGUAACUUUAUGUGCCUAUCCUUAAAUUCAAUGUUUGCGUAGUUUGUAACAUCAUGUUCAUGCGAAACUUUUGGUAUUGCAAUUCAUGUGCCUAUGUGUACCACUUUUUGGCAGUCAUAGAUUUUGUCCCUUGUUGAUGGUUUACACGUUAUUCACUGGUCUUAAACACCAAUUUCACACUUCCAUUUUCUUGAUGACUCCUGUUAGUUGACGGAGGUUUUAUACGUAUGGUUGUAUGGGUGCAUUCUGGGGGAGGUGGAUAAUGGAAUGUACUCGCCCUUAAUCAGGUCAAGCCACCUAGUUUGUUCGUGGUAUAGGUAGUUCUUUGUUAUCCAUUCACAAGACUUAUAUGCUUUUAAAUCUACACAAAAGAAUUUUAAUAUAAAUGAUAUAGUACUUUAUAAGAAUCUUGUACUAUGUAUGGUUGAAUGGGUUCCUUUUUGUCACUUUUUAAUCAUGUACUCUGUUGUGAUGAUGGAAAAUUUAUUGUUUGAACAGCUUAGAGGUAAAUAGCGUUGUAUCAGUUACUACCAAAUAUUCGGUUAGUUUUUCGAUGUAUGCAAAUUUCUUGCAGUAAGGCUAAAGUCCUACGGUAUACGCUUGAGAUAUUUUUGGUUAUAGUGCAUUUCACUAUUAGAAAUGUCCAGAAACUUCCGUGAUUUAUCUCAAUUUACUAUUUUUCUGAUCAUUUUUCUUUAUUUUGGUGUGAUUAUAUGUAUAGGACAAACAUCUGGUCUUAUCUCUGUACGUGUGCCACCUACAAGACACGAUAUCUUGCAUGCCUGUGAUAUAGCCGAGGAUGUUGCUAUUGCAUUCGGUUACGAUAAUAUACCGGAAAGUUUGCCUCAAACCUAUUGUGUAGCUGGCAAUCAACCCCUUAAUCGUUUGUCUGAUCUUGUUCGUGCUGAAAUAGCUCAAAUGGGAUUCACAGAAGCGUUAAGUUUCUCUUUGUGUUCUCGGGAGGAUAUCAGCUGCAAAUUACGUUACUCAUUGGAUGAUAUUCCAGCUGUACAUAUAUCGAAUCCGAAAACGCUUGACUUUCAGGUGGUUCGAACAAGCUUACUACCAGGAAUUCUGCACACUUUAGCCAGUAAUAGAAGUUUACCGCUUCCCUUGAAAUUAUUUGAAGUUCAGGAUAUUGUGGUCAAAAACCCAUCGAAAGAUGUUGGCGCUUCUAAUCACCGCCGUAUUUGCGCUGUCCACUAUAAUAAGAAUUCUGGUUUUGAAAUUAUUCAUGGUCUGUUAGACAGGUUGAUGCAAUUAUUCCAGGUUGAAUCAGUUUUGUUUAAAGCUGGGAAAAAGUCUGGCGAUGUUGAAAUCCAGUCAUGUAUGACUUAUAAAUUGAAAGCUACUUCAGAUCCAACCUAUUUUGAUGGUCGUUGUGCUGAUGUCAUCCUAGAGCCCGGUGACAGAAUUAUUGGGCGAGUUGGGAUACUACACCCUGAAGUCUUGAAGAAUUUCGAAUUAUCACUGCCUUGCUCAGCGUUGGAUUUAGAUCUUGAAGCUUUUCUCUGA